AUGCAGGUCGAGCCCGACACGCCCAUGUCCCACUACCCCCGUGGCCACGUCCACGCGUCAUCCGAGUCGCUGCUCGCCCAACAGCAGGACGGCAGCUCCGCUAAAGUGUCUGGAGAGUACUUUGAGGGCGCGGAAGGCUUUGUGGAUGAAAAGGAGCGGGAGAAGGAGAGGCGGAGCGAGAGGGGUGGAGUGCAGGGGAGAAGAGGGAGUGGACAGGGUGGGUUGAGAUUGAAUUUGGAGAAGCUUGGGCUGGGUGGAGUGCUUGGGAAAAAGGGGAAGAGAAGCAAGUUUGGCUUGACCCAGCAAGGCUGGAUACUAGUAACAGCCAUUCUCGGCUUCAUCAUCUUUCUCAAACUCGUCAUCCCCUCCUCCUCGUCGUCUUCCGAUGACCACCACAAGGUGACAGACACCGCCCAUCUUAUCCCCCGCGAUUAUCUAAACAAUUCCCUCAUCGAUACUGCGCCUUUCGAGUUUUGUCCAGUCUUUGGUCCGGGCGAUACCAUCGCGACCCGAAGAGGGCAGUUUGAGCUGCUGAGAAGUAGGCUGCAUUUGGGUACGGGCGCGAGAGUGCAGAGGGUCUUGCAAAAGGCGAUGAGCGGUGCGCCGGUCACGAUCAGUGUUCUUGGAGGCUCUGUCUCUGCGUGUAUGGGUGCGGGCGAUGACCCCACACAUGAAAAGUGCUACCCCCACCGUCUCUUUGACUGGUGGAACACUGUCUUCCCUCACCCUGCCAACGAGCUCACCAACGGCGCGACGCCCAAGACCGAUUCCGCCUACUAUGCGUACUGCAACAGCCACCAUCUGCCCGACAAGACAGAUCUGGUGAUCUUGGAGUUUGAUGCGGCCGACCCCAACGAUCCGGAGUGGCUCCAGCACUUUGAGCUCUUGGUGCGAUCUGUCCUCGUCCGACCUGAGAUGCCUGCUGUGAUCAUUCUUGGUCACUUUAGUCCUCAGGUACAGGCGCAGAAUGGAUUCGCCGGUCCCGAGAUCUUGCACAACGUUGUUGGACAGUUCUACGACGUACCUCACAUCAGGCAAGGUCUUCUCUACGAGCAAUACCUCGAGAGCCCUGACCAAGCACGUUCGGCAUUCUACAACGACCCCGCGCACGCCAACUUUAACGGCCACGGGCUCAUCUCCGACGUUCUCGUCUCCUACCUCCAAUCCCAAGUGUGCGCCGGCUGGUCCUCCAUCACCGACCAUGGCUUUGACGUCCCCGACCUUGGUACCGAGUCUGACGCGACCUCUGCUGGUUCACCCUCCCUCCUUGGAGGUGUCGGUCUGCGAAAAGGCAUGCCUGGGCAAGAUCCCGGAGACGGCGUCUCGGCUGGGUCGAGUUUGGCGGAUAGGUACCAGGGCUUGAGAGUGCCGCAGAUGAGGAUUGCGGACAAGCCGCAUGAUGUGCAAAAGUUUAGAGAGAUUGAGCCGUUCUGCGUUGCUGCGAGCAACUUGAUCAACCCUCUGCCGGAUAGUUUGUUCUUGGGAAGUGGUUGGAAGCCUUACCACCCACCCAAGGGCGCGGUGCAGGAGGACAGGCAUUACUGGUAUGCCGAACAGCCCACUGCUCGUCUUCGAGUUCCCCUCGUCCUUGGUGCCGGUGACGUCGGUAUCUACUUCCUCCAAUCCCCGCCCGACAAGCCUCUCGGUGUCGUCAAGUGCUGGGUUGACGACAAUUACGCGGGUAACACCGAGCUGCACGGUACCGCCGAGGUCGAGGAUGUGAUCGCGACGUUGGUGAUGAUCGAUAGAGGAGUGCAGAAGGGAUCGCAUUUCGUGGAAUGCCAGUUGCAGGGUGAGGUCGGAGGGAGCUCGAAUCCGUUCAAGAUUCUGGGAAUGUGA